AUGUCUGUAGACACAUCUGUGACCGUGGCCGUGACCGUGUACACGCAGCCUCCGGAAGACCUAAUCAACCUCUUGCAAACGCACCACCGCCCAUAUGCACUACCACUGCUCCGGCGUCUGCGUUUCACACGCUCCCCGGGAGGUAUCACGAAGCACACGCACAUCCUCUUCGCCUCGGCACCGGGCCUAGAGCCCCGCGGCCACACCCAAGACACCCCCUUCGCAGCCGCAUACCUAGACCUCUCGCGCGGCCCCGAGACCGAGAUCUGGCUAUACUCAUCACUAGAGCGACGCCCCGGCCCCGGCCCCGGCCUCGCCACCCUCGCGUCCGCAGCCUCCAGCGCUGACGCGUUAGCGACAGAGUGCGCGUACUACAUCCUGCGCGAGGCCAAGACCAUCCGCGAGGCGUUCUACGCGCCUGGGACGGAGCACGCCGCGGUGCAGCGGCUAGACGGGCUGGACCUGCAUCCGGCUGAGAUACUCGCCGGGACGCUGAGCGAGACCACCAGGCUGGCGUUGCUGAACCGCGGUGUCGUGUUUAGCUACGUGGCCGUGUUCGACAAGUGGAUGUUUACCCUGGGCGGGCUGCCCGAGGUGCCGAGCCCGCUUGUCGAGGGGAUGGAGUGGAGGGCGGUUGCGAGGGAGGAUAUCCCGCUUAUGCUGUCGCGGACGAACAUCCAGCGGAAAGACAUGGCCGUCUACCAAAGCGACGGCACGCCUAUCGCAUGGGUCCUGCUAGGACCCGAUUCUUCGCUGAGCAACCUGCAUUGCGAAGAGGAGUGGCGCGGUAAAGGGUUUGCUAAGGCGGCUGCUGUUAAGAUUCUGCGCGAGCGCUUGAAGGAAUAUGAUGACGAUGAGCAUUGCUGGGCGGAUGUCGCCCCGGAUAACCCAAAGAGCCAAAGGGUCUGCAAGAGUUUGGGCGGAAAGGUAGCAUGGUCAAUCUCAUGGAGCGGAAUAGACCUGGAUAGAAGCUUUCCAGAUCAAUAG